CUUCCCCCCUCCCCCGCCGCGGAUCCUGGCCGCUGCUCUCCAGACCCAGGAUGCCGGGGGGCAAGAGAGGACUGGUGGCACCGCAGAACACAUUUUUGGAGAAUAUCGUCAGGCGCUCCAGUGAAUCAAGUUUCUUACUGGGAAAUGCCCAAAUUGUGGAUUGGCCUGUAGUUUAUAGUAAUGACGGUUUUUGUAAACUCUCUGGGUAUCAUCGAGCUGACGUCAUGCAGAAAAGCAGCACUUGCAGUUUUAUGUAUGGUGAAUUGACAGAUAAGAAGACCAUCGAGAAAGUCAGGCAGACUUUUGACAGCUACGAGUCAAACUGCUUUGAAGUUCUUCUGUACAAAAAAAAUAGAACCCCUGUUUGGUUUUACAUGCAAAUUGCACCGAUAAGAAAUGAACACGAGAAGGUGGUCUUGUUCCUGUGCACAUUCAAAGAUAUCACGUUGUUUAAACAGCCCAUAGAGGAUGAUUCCACGAAAGGUUGGACAAAAUUUGCCCGAUUGACACGAGCUUUGACAAACAGCCGGAGUGUUUUGCAGCAGCUUACGCCAAUGAAUAAAACAGAGGUGGCCCACAAGCACUCGAGAUUAGCUGAGGUUCUUCAGCUGGGAUCAGAUAUCCUUCCUCAGUAUAAACAAGAAGCGCCAAAGACACCACCACACAUUAUUUUACACUAUUGUGCUUUUAAAACUACAUGGGAUUGGGUGAUUUUAAUUCUUACCUUCUACACCGCCAUUAUGGUUCCUUACAACGUUUCUUUCAAAACAAAGCAGAACAAUAUAGCCUGGUUGGUGCUGGACAGUGUGGUGGAUGUUAUUUUUCUGGUUGAUAUUGUUUUAAAUUUCCACACAACUUUUGUGGGGCCUGGUGGAGAGGUCAUUUCUGACCCUAAACUCAUAAGGAUGAAUUAUCUGAAAACUUGGUUUGUGAUCGAUCUGCUGUCUUGUUUACCUUAUGACAUCAUCAAUGCCUUUGAAAAUGUGGAUGAGGGAAUCAGCAGUCUCUUCAGUUCUUUAAAAGUGGUGCGUCUGUUACGAUUGGGCCGUGUUGCCAGGAAGCUGGACCAUUACCUAGAAUAUGGAGCUGCAGUCCUUGUACUCCUGGUGUGUGUAUUUGGACUGGUUGCCCACUGGCUGGCCUGCAUAUGGUAUAGCAUUGGAGACUACGAGGUCAUCGAUGAGGUCACCAACACCAUCCAGAUAGACAGUUGGCUGUACCAGCUGGCCUUGAGCAUUGGGACUCCGUAUCGAUACAAUUCCAGUGCAGGGAUAUGGGAAGGAGGACCCAGCAAGGAUUCUCUGUAUGUGUCCUCUCUCUACUUUACCAUGACAAGCCUUACAACCAUAGGGUUUGGAAACAUAGCUCCUACCACAGAUGUGGAGAAGAUGUUUUCAGUGGCCAUGAUGAUGGUGGGCUCUCUUCUUUAUGCAACUAUUUUUGGAAAUGUUACCACAAUUUUCCAGCAAAUGUAUGCCAACACCAACCGAUACCAUGAGAUGCUGAAUAAUGUUCGGGACUUCCUGAAACUCUAUCAGGUCCCAAAAGGCCUUAGCGAAAGAGUCAUGGAUUAUAUUGUCUCAACAUGGUCCAUGUCAAAAGGCAUUGACACGGAGAAGGUUCUCUCCAUCUGUCCCAAGGACAUGAGAGCGGAUAUCUGUGUUCAUCUAAACCGGAAGGUUUUUAAUGAACAUCCUGCUUUCCGACUGGCCAGUGAUGGGUGUCUGCGCGCCUUGGCAGUAGAGUUCCAAACCAUUCACUGUGCUCCUGGGGACCUCAUCUACCAUGCUGGAGAAAGUGUGGAUGCCCUCUGCUUUGUGGUGUCAGGAUCCUUGGAAGUCAUCCAAGAUGAUGAGGUGGUGGCUAUUUUAGGGAAAGGCGAUGUAUUUGGAGACAUCUUCUGGAAGGAAACUACUCUUGCUCAUGCCUGUGCAAAUGUGCGGGCACUGACUUACUGUGACCUACACAUCAUCAAGCGAGAAGCCUUGCUCAAAGUCCUUGACUUUUACACAGCUUUUGCAAACUCAUUCUCAAGGAACCUCACUCUGACAUGCAAUUUAAGGAAACGGAUCAUUUUCAGAAAAAUCAGUGAUGUGAAGAAGGAGGAAGAGGAGCGCCUCAGGCAGAAGAACGAGGUGACUCUUAGCAUCCCCGUGGACCACCCAGUCAGAAAGCUCUUCCAGAAGUUUAAGCAGCAGAAGGAGCUGCGCAAUCAGGGCUCAACACAGAGUGACCCUGAAAGGAACCAGCUCCAGGUAGAAAGUCGCUCCUUACAGAAUGGAGCGUCCAUCACUGGCACCAGCGUGGUGACUGUGUCACAGAUCACUCCCAUUCAGACAUCGCUGGCCUAUGUGAAAACCAGUGAAUCCCUCAAACCGAACAACCGCAAUGCUAUGGAGCUAAAGCCCAAUGGCGGUGGUGACCAGAAAUGUCUCAAAGUCAACAGCCCCAUAAGAAUGAAAAAUGGAAAUGGGAAAGGGUGGCUGCGGCUCAAGAACAACAUGGGAGCCCCGGAGGAGAAAAAGGAAGACUGGAAUAAUGUCACAAAAGCUGAGUCCAUGGGGCUCUUAUCAGAAGAUCCCAAGGGCAGUGACUCAGAGAAUAGUGUGACCAAAAACCCAUUAAGGAAAACAGAUUCUUGUGACAGUGGAAUUACAAAAAGUGACCUUCGUUUGGAUAAGGCUGGUGAGGCCCGAAGUCCACUAGAGCACAGUCCCAUUCAAGCUGAUGCCAAGCACCCCUUUUAUCCCAUCCCCGAGCAGGCCUUACAGACCACACUGCAGGAAGUCAAACAUGAACUCAAGGAGGACAUUCAGAUGCUAAGCUGCAGAAUGACUGCCCUCGAAAAGCAGGUGGCAGAAAUUUUAAAAAUACUGUCAGAAAAAAGUGUACCCCAGACCUCUUCUCCUAAAUCCCAGAUGCCACUCCAAGUACCUCCCCAAAUACCAUGUCAGGAUAUUUUUAGUGUUUCAAGGCCUGAGUCCCCUGAAUCUGAUAAAGAUGAAAUCCACUUUUAAUAUAUAUAUAUAUACAUAUAUAUUUGUUAAUAUAUUUAAAAACAGUAUAUACAUCUAUAUACAUAUAUGUGUAUAUACAGUAUAUACAUAUAUAUUUUCACUUGCUUUCAAUACGAUGAACACAAUAUGGAUUUUGAUAUGUACAUAUUGCAUGUCCAGCUGGAUUCUGGCCUGCCAAAGAAGACGAUUAUUAAAAACAUAGAUAUUGCUUGUAUAUUAUGCAGUUGACUGCAUGCACACUUUACAUUUAUUUAUAAUCACUAUUGUAUAAUAAGAAAGUAUGAUUUUUGUUAUCUAAGGCAAUGUAAUAUUUGAAGAAUCAGGGUCCAACCUGCCAAUGUUGCCAUGACAAAUUUGAUCUCAGGCUAAGUAUAUCAAGCUGUCAUUUCUUCGCUCUUCUGUUAAGUUAAAAUUAUAGAUUAACACCAAGGAAGAUUCAGCUUUUUAAGCUGUUAGUACCAUUUUCUGAUCUCUUUCCCUGGGAUAUUUUUCUGUAACUUAGUGUUAGGUUACUUUCCCCUACAGGCAAUGUUUGCUCCAUUUUAAUGACUGUUUUGUUGCCCAUGUCAGAUAGCAAUGUGGGAUAUUGAGAACUUAUUGCUAUGGGCUGUGUGCAUGAAUUGCAUUUUCACUCAAAUAUACCUCUCCUUCUUUGACAUUAUACUUAGAUAGUAAUCCUUAGUUCUGAGGUAAGGAAAUCCCUACUCCUCCUGUCUUGGAGAAUAGCUGCCAUCUUGUCAGCUGACAUUAUCAAUACCAUAAAUAUUCAACUCUUAAUAUAGUGUAUAGUAUUAUAGAAAUAUUGCACCACAGGGUAUAAGGGCCUUUUACCAAUUCAUGUUAGAGAUGCCAAUUUUCCAAAUGGGAUGAAUGUUCUACAUUUGUAUUUCCAAAACUUGUUCAAUGGUGAAUUGAAAGGCUCUUAGCAAAGAAACACAUACAAAAAAUUUAAAUUAUCACAUCAAAAUUUUAACUGUUAUAAUAUGGAAUUUUUAAAAAGACUGUAAACAGGCACGUUUGCAGCAUAUCUGUAACUUUAAAAGAUUGAAAAGGCAGGCACAGGAUUGUUGACACAUGAUUCCUAUUGUUCAUAGAGCUGUUACAUGAAACAUAACAAACCAAUCAACCAUGAAGGAGAUUUUAAGUUACUUCACUCAGAUCAUUAUUUUUCCAUGAUUUUAUUUUGGUUACGAUUUUCUAAAGCUUAUUUUGCACAGAGUUCUACUGCUGAACUUCUUCUGAGUUGGUACAAUAGACUACCGUGGCUCAGGCAGAUACAUUUAUGAAAGGGUAAGUCAAGACUGAGUUGUUUCAGAGUCUUCUGGGUAAUAAAUCCUCUUCUUAGAAAGUGCCUAUUAUCAACCAAAAAAGAAAUUACAAAGAAUUGUGUUGUCUGUAGUUAGUCUCAUCAAUCAUAUGCAUUCAGAAUAAAUAUACAUUCAUUUCUAAAAACACAGGAGAAUUGACUAAAGUAUAUUUUAUGAAAUUGUUCAGAGAGGCAUACUUUUCAAAUGGUGCAUCAAUGACACUGAAUAUUGGAAGUGGGGGAGUCGGUGUUUGUAUCAACUUGAAAGUACACACAUAGCAGUAAUUUGUAUAUUAUCGGAUCAUCUGUAAAUAUACAUUAACAUACAAAAGAUGCCAAAUUCAAAUGAAAUAUUUUGGUCUAUUAUACCCAUUUUUAUGAGCUUUUCUGUCUUUCAGUAUCUCCAACCAAACUCACCCAAAUAGAAAGAUGAGUUAUCAUAAUCAGACUGGAGAAGUACAAAAUGGUACUUUAUUCUAUUUUAAAAUUUCUAUUUGAACUUGUGAACAUGCCUAGAAGUUGUGCCUUUCUAGGAGUCUAGGAACAUACUGUGUACUGUGGGUUCCAUUUUCCUUUUCCUUGUGCACAUAGCUUCCCUUGGUCACAGUGGAACUUUUCAGGGGGCCAUGUUGCCAUGCUAUGCUACAUUAUCUACCUAUCAUAGAUAUGAGAAUGAAAUAAUUAUGGCUUAUAAAGUAAUUAUGGAAAUCAGUCUUGAAAUUGGAGGAUUUUUUUUUUAUAGUGAGGAUGGUACCUUUUAUUGAUCUGUGUUGAAUUUCAGGGCAUUUCCUUGUUUGUUCAAGUCAAGUUUGGCUAAGGUUUUUAAAGGGGAAUGAGUAGUGAAACAAUCUGAGUAUAGAAAUUGUUAGCUUAACUUUAAUCAUGUACUUCAGAAAUAACCAUGUAAAGCUAUAUGAGAAUGACUGUGAAGCAGUAGGCUGGUGUGAGGGUGCAGUUCAUACCUUUGCAUAGGAGGGGUGCAAAUAUUUGCUGUGUCCUGACAGGGACUCAAGAGUCUUACCUAGUUGACCUAUAAUAUUAGCUGUGAUGCACUCUCUACCUAAAUAUAUUCAUAUAUGUAGUAAGGAAUAUAAUGGUUUUGAACUAUGCUGGGCUGUCGAUAAGCAGGAAGGGUUAAUUGUUUAUUUAGGGUGCAGUGUUCACAGUAUUCUUUUGCAGACAUCCCUGCUCUCUACAUGCAUGAUGUGAUGUGGUCCUGAAUGCAGUCUGUUCUUUUCAGUGGAGACACACACAUUUAGCAAACACUGUAUAUAGAGUAGUCUUUCUGGUUCCCAGAUUUCACAAUUCUUCUCAUAGAAUUUACUCAGAUUUGGAUGAAGGGUAGACACCUGCUGUAAUACAUGCAAUCAUGAUGCAUUCAUGUUCUGUAUUUCAACCAGUGUAUUGUGGAAGCUCUUUGGGGGACCAGAUGACUGCAUGUUUUCUUCUUACACUGUACAGAUAUUCUUGGUGAAUCCAGAAUACAUUUUUUUACUAUUACACUGCUGAACAAAGUACUAAUAGGAAUAAAUGGAUAUAUAUAUUUAAAUUCUAAACAUUUUCCAAGGCAACAUAUACAUCGUCAAUACUUUUCUAUGCUAUUAUUAGACUAUAAGAUCAGAUGCUAUAUCCAGGACAGGUGGUUGUAACACAAGAGCAAAAGUCAAAUAGAAAUGGAAAUAUGAGCAAGUUUUAUCCAUCUGUAUCAGGCAGGACAGCAUUGCACUAAACAUGAUCUAAAAGAUGGAAGAGCUUGCAAUAAAGGUAAACAGAAACACACAGGGUAGAUGACAAUGGCAAAGCUCCUAGUGUCCCACAUUGGCAUGAAUGAUACUUAAAAUGAUUCAGUCAUGGUGGUUGAAUGCAGACUCUUACUUCAUUGUUAAAGUGGAAAAUUUCUAUUAUGAACUAAUUCUGUCUCACAUUAAGAAUAGGAGUACAAAUGUCCUGAGUAUCAGGGGAAAAAGGCACACAGCUUUAUAAAGAUCAGAAGACAGAUGAUUUGACAGUUUGGAGUUUUAAACUGCUGCUGGGACAAAUAAUCUGCUCCUGUAGUAUCCAGCACUUCAAUGGGAAUAUUAAUGAUGAUAACUAAUUAAAAUGUCAUUUAAAAAAUUAACCCAAUUGGAGCCCAGAUGCAAAUCACAUUUUCUCUUAAAUUUAAGGAGAUUUGUUCAUAUGUGAGAUCUGAUCUAUUUGAUGUUCAAUUUUGAAUAAGCAAAAAAUUUUUUGAAAGCUUUUAAUAAAAUUAGUCUGCAGAGAAGUGGCUGUUUUGAAGUAUGCAGUGGCUGAUACUUGUGAAAUUAUUUGUCCUAUUUCUAAUGAAUUCUGCUAUCUUGUACCAUUUUUAUCUUUAUGAUGUUUUCUCUGAGUCUGUUUUCCAAAAUUUCAUGUAGGUAAAUUUGAAUGUAUGUAUCAUACAUGGAUAAUUCUAAAAUAUGAAUACUUUGUAAUUAUGUGAAUGUUGUACUUUAAUAUUUGUUUAUUAGAUAUACGAGUAUUGCUAUUGUGGUUUUUAUGGAAAACAGGUGGAGAAAGAUUUUUUAAAAAACACUCUAGGAUGAGUAAGUUUUGUGUCAGAUUUCUGAAUGUACUUUUGUCACAAUCUAGCAGGGUAAUUUAGGGCAAGUUAACUGUUUUCAGAGUGCUCAAUGUUUCAAUUUCCUGAAUGAAUAUUGAAAUAAAAUCAGAACUGAUCCCUUCUUACAUCAAGACAUUAUUAGGUCAAUGGAAAGUCAUUCUUCUCUCAGAUGAAAAUCAUAGUAAGACAAAUUAGCCUUUUUCUUUUCUUUCUUUCAUAGCAUAUCAGCCUUGAUGUGCUCUCUAUCUAAAUAUUCUAGGUUUUAUAGAAAAGUUUCUGGUCAGAGGUUGUUGGCAAGAAGCAUAGGCUGCUAUGUAAUUAUUAGUCAGUUGCAUGUGAGCGUAAGACUUGUUAAUUAACUGGGAAUUUAGAAAUACUAACCAAAUAAACAUGGAGAAAAUGACGAGCUUUUGAGGGUAGGAAGAACAACAGACAAAGGUCCACCUAAUCAUAUUGCUCAGGAGUUAUUUUCAAUUUUGUGAGUAGAAGUGUGCAAAUUAUAAGUAUUUAAGGUAGGGAGUAUCCUUUAACUUCUUGCAUAAAUAUAAUUAUGAUACAUGAGCCACAUGGAUCAGUGUUCUUAUAACAAAAUUUUUAAUUAUGAGAGAAUCGUUUUUGAUGGCCCAUUGAUUUUUCAAUGUAUAACUUGAACUAAAAAAAAUAAUAAAUAAGUUAAAUAAGGAAAAACCAUUUGAACAGCAUUUGAAAAUCAUAAGAUCUUGUCCUAGGUGAUAGUAUUUUAAUAUAGAAAGUUAUAUAAUUAUUAACAUUGGUAGUUUAAAUUAACUAUUUUUUAUUUUUGAAAACAAGAUUCAUUUUGUUAGUUUGUUCAUUCUGAAAAGGUAACCUUGUAUCCUAAAGGAUACACUCAAACUAUUAUCACUACAGUUGUUUAUGAACCUUUGGGAAAAGAACAAGCACAUAGAAACAAAAGGAAAAAAUUUGUGUUCUGGAAAGGAUAUUUACAGGUAGAUCUCUCAUUGGAUUUUGCUAAUCUUUUUAUCAAACUAGAGUUGAAAAAUGUUUAUUACAAAUCAAGAAUUAGGUAUGUUUUGAAAGUGCACAUAAUCGCCCAAGUUAAAAAAGGAUUACUUUUAAAUGCCUUAUAUUUUUGUGAAGUAGAAUUAAAGGGGGUUUAAGAGGACUGCUUAUCACUGACCUUGACUUUUUACUAUCCACUGUAAUCCUAUUUAUUUGCUAAAUGACUGGUAACAUUUAUAUUGUUAUCCACUCUUGUAUGCCCCUGGCAUUACAACUUACAGUUGUUCUACAUAUGUAUUCUACACAUAUGUAAAUAAAUAAUUUCAAUCAACAUGAUCUCAGUGUAAACUUUGUGCUUGCAGCCUAAAUGUUGUUAGCAGUUUGUAGAACAAAAACUCUUAAGACCAUGACACCACAUUUAUUUCUUUAGAGAGGUGAGAAAGAUUAAUUUGACAUUAUAGAAAAUAUACAUCUUAUCUUGUUCUGGGGAAAACAAUCUGAGAAACAAAUCUAUGGAGCUACACAAUCAGGAUGAAAACAGGUAUUCAGGUUUUAAAUAGAUUGCUAAUGUUAGGCUAUAUGGACUCAUGGGUUUCCAAAUUAGAAUUUGCAUAUCCUCGUUUGGGACAAAUCUACAAAAGUAACCGUAGUGGAGGUUUUAGUUGCAUGUAGAUAUAAACAUGGUUAUUGGCAAUCUUUAUGGAUGUAAUCAGGUCUUCUCUCGUGUGUUUAUGUAGAUUUUUAAAAGUUGUUUUAUCUUAGCUUUACUGUUGCGCAAUGCUUUAUGUUACUUCUAUAGAUUGUUCUGUUUAAGUGUGUACAGCCUUCUUAGUGAGAAGAAUUAGCUUAAGUUUGGAUCUGUUGUUAGCUGUAAAAAUUUGUGGACAUGGAACAAUAAAGGGACAAUUGAACAGAAACAAAAAUCAUAACAUCCCCAUUUCUUUAGUUACAGCAUAUUUUCUUCAGUGGUAUAUCACUGUGCAAAAGGAAAGGAUGAAUUAAUCUGCAUUUUACCAGUGUCAGAAUCUUUAAAUAUUUAAAUAAAUAUGAAUUACUAAAAACUCAAGCCUAGGACUUGAAAAAGAAAUAAAUUCAAUUUAUAUACGCUGCAUAAAUUCUUUAGUAUCAAUUUGUGUUAUCUUUUAGAAAAGAGUUCUUACAUGAGAGGUUUUCAGUCCUCAAAAGUAAACUGUGAAAAAGGCAGUGUUGCCAAUGACCUUACAGACCCACCCUUAUUAAAAGAGACGCAUAGUCAGGCUUUCCAUACCUCUCUCUCGUGAAAUUUAGAUCUUCAAUAUUUUCUCAAGCUUCAUUUACUCGCAAAAAUUAAUGACCCAUAAGUUUAAUAUUAAUUAGUAUUUAUAUUCUUUUUGGCAUUUGCAUUCACCUUUUUUUCUAUUUAAGUAAUAC